AUGCCCACUGGCAAAUCUACCAGCAAACCACCCAAGAAAGCAGACGAUUCAACAUAUAUUGAUAGAGAUAAAAACUAUCGUUUAAGAACCCCUAACUCAGACCUCAGCAUCGUCACAGUGCAAGCUGCUAAUGAUGAUAUUGAGAAAGAUGAAUUAAAACAAACUGUUCUCGAACUAAAAGAACAGGUCAGCCGUUUACAGCAAGAAUGUCAAAUAUAUAAAGCCAAAGCACAAGCUGCAAGGCCUGAAUUAAAGAAGUUGAAUAUAUAUAAAACUGUUUGUGAUUUCAAGACAGGAUCUUUUUUGAGAAUCAAUAAUGGGGAGAGAAACUCCAGAAGAACAAGGAGCACAUGCACUUCUCCUAAGAUGGUUUAUACUUAA